CUUUUUACGGCGAGGAGGGGUCAUUACACAUUACAUUAUACAAAUAUACACCCCCUUCCUUUAACUCUGCUAUAGCAUGCUACAGCCAGCAUGACAGCUCAGGGAAAACACACAGUUUGAGAGAGAGAGCGCGCGAGAGAGAAAGUAAGGGAUAAGGAGGUGAGAACACGUGGAGAGAAAGACGAGUAUCGAGAAAAGUAGGAAGAAGAUAAACAUCAAGACUGUAAGAAAUGAAAUAAAGGAAGUCUUGUCCAUCUAUGCCUCUAGUCCAUCUCUUUCUCUUCCCCAGGAUUAGGACUUUUUGGUCAUCACAAUGGCCCACAACCAAAGCACUCCCCUUCGCCUCCCGUCCAACUUCUCCCUCCCCCAAAUCAUCCCUCCAUCCCUAACAAACCCCUCCUCAUCCCUCCAUCCGUUCUCCUCCUCUACAUCCUCCUCCCUGUUCCUGUCCACCUCCAUCCACAUCCUGAACACCACCAACACGUCUGUUUUUGGGGAAAACCAAAGCAUUGUGGGUAAUACCACCUCCACGACAGUAGGGGCUCUCAUCCUGUGUCUGGUCUUGCUGCUGGGCCUCCCCGGCAACCUCUUCAUCAUCUGGAGUAUCCUGGCGCGUGCCCGCCGCCGCUCCGUCACCACCCUCCUCAUCCUCAAUCUAGCGGUGGCCGACGGCUCGCUCAUGGCGCUCACGCCCUUCUUCGUGAUCUACCUGGUCAAGAAGACCUGGGUUUUCGGCAACAUCAUGUGCAAGAUACUCUUUUACUUGUGCCUGGCCAACAUGAACGCCUCCAUCCAACUGAUCAUGCUGAUGAGCCUGCACAGGCUGGUGGCUGUGUGGCCUAAGCGCGUCGCUGCACUUGCUGGACGGAAGGCGUACUGCGCGGGUGCUGUACUGUGGACCAUGGUGCUGGUCGCGUCCAUCCUGCGUUGCUGUUCAGGGACGAGCGGGAACCGUGCACCCCAAGGGGAGAGACGCGUAGUGUGCGAGUCGUUGCACAAGCAGCAGAGUCAUGUGGUGCUCCAGUACACGUUGGAAACAGUGCUGGGAUUUGUAGUUCCUUACGGGGUGAUUAUAGGCAGCUACAUCUGCAUCCUGCGGAGGAUCAGGCAGACAAGGUUCAGGAGGAGGAUCCGCAGUGAGAAUCUCAUCCUGGCCAUCGUGGUAACCUUCGGUGUCUUCUGGUUGCCCUACCAUGUCAUCAACAUUGUGCAGGUUGCUGCAGCACUUUCUCCAAAUGAUUCAGCUCUAAAAGCAAGGCUUGACCCUAUUUGGCAGACCAGCCGUGCGGUCACCUCAGCCCUGGCCUUCAUCAGCAGCUGUGCCAACCCUGUCCUCUACACUUUUGUUGGCAAGUCCUACAUCAGGCGGGACGGGUUUGCCUUCAUGGCCCGCUUGUUCGAGGGCACGGCGCAGGACUCUGGGACAAGGAAGAGCCGACAGAACAGCCAGAAUAGCCGAGAGAGAGACGGGGAUGCAAAGGAGGUCGGACUGAAGGAAAAGGAGGGAGACCUAGAGUCGACAACCAGCUCCAAUGUCAUGAGUCCCGUCUGUGUGAAAUCUGUUAAGAAUGGCAAGCCGGGCCCGAUUCCGACUUAGGAAAUGAUGCCUUUCUUUUGCACACCUCUCCUACACAUUUCUCAGUAGUUGGUAUUCACACUUACCUUAUGAAGGUGAGUAACGGGCUUUGCAGGAGUGGUUCCCUUACGCGCGCUGAAGAAAUGUCAUUCACCUGCUGAAAACCCUCUCACUUACUGGCCAACAGAUUUUCUCGUGGAGUUUUCAUUCAAUAGUGUUUUCAGUACAUUUAUUUAGCCAUCCCUUUAAAUAUGGCGUACCUUUUAGUUUGAAUUUUGUUAACAGACUCAAUACAAUAUAUCAAGAGAAUCGGUUCAGAAUAUUAGGGAUCAAUUAAAGAAAGCCAUCUAAAUAUAUAUAUGCAUACUCAUCUCAGUUUCAGCACCAAGUGGUAGAUUUUAAAAUACUCUGAUCUUUUAGAUUAUUUAGGGUUAGGAAAUUAUUUCUGAAUCAUAGAAAACUGUUUGGAGGAAGAAAAUGGGGAUGAUUCAUUCAGAAAAUUGCCACGUUCAGAUCUUUAACUCAUGGUAAUUUUGGAUGAUUAGUGAACAAAGAAUUAUAAUAGGGAGAAUAGUGUGACGACACAUCCAAGUAUUGCACCAUGCGUUGUGUUCAAACUGUUACGUUUGGUCUGUGCUCCUCUCCAUAACGAUUGAAUUAGCUAUGUCUUUAAAAAAAUAUAUAUAAUAACUGUUACUAAUGAUCCUCACCAACAACCACAUGCCCGCGAUGGCGUUUACAGAGGAAGCAAAUGAAGGUUAACGAAAUAAUGUAAUUAAAUGGAACGAUAAUGUAGACUAUACCAACUGAAGGGAACUAACAGUAAAUUGGCAGUUGAAUAUGUGCUGUUAUUAGGCCUACUGACGAUUGAUGCUGAUAGUGGCUAAUAUUUAACAUGAUAGAAAUAGGAAACAGAGAAGGUCGGGGUAGCCUAUGAUCAAGACAUUCGAGAGUGCCCAUCCCAGCAAGGUAAGACCGUACAAUUUAAAUUCUGCCUAAUGGCACAGCAUUUCAUCAACGUCACUGUGGGAAAGUUAAUAUGCUUCAGUUUUCUACCAUUUGACUGGUUUCACAUAUGCCUCCAGCAAUUAUAAGAUAAAAUAUAUCUAAAACAAGUGUCAUUUAUCCAUUAUCCAAAGGGAUUACUCAUUUACCUAGCUCUUCCCAAUAGCUCUUAUCAAGUUGUAAAUUAGACAAAAAUUAAGUAGAUGCUUUUCACACUUUUUUCCUUAUUCAUGGUUUCCUCACGCUAAAGGUGUUGGAAUUAUUACCUUAAUUUAUUCGGUCUCCACCCCAAAUUAAUAGCAGGUGAAUAGCAUGCUAUUCUCAUGCUUAAGUUCAAGGUCAGAAUACGCAUAGAGAGAAAAGUGCAUAAAAAAGCAAUUCCAUUUACACACGCUUAAUUAUGGGCCCGAUUCAGACUUAGGAAUUUAUGCCUUUCCUAUGCAUGCCUUUCCUAUGCACUUUUCAGUGUUUGGCAUUCAGACUUACUUAGUUGUGUAAAGGGCUCUGCAGGUGUGGCUACCUUUCGCACUCUGAAUAAAUUGCAUUCAACUGCUGAAAACCCUCCCAUAAGCUGGGCAACAGAUUUUGUCUUGGAGUUUUCAUUCAAUGGGGUUUUACUAUAGCUCUGGUCUCCAAUUUUCAUCUUUGCAAAUUAUGAGUGCACACAAUUAGAAUUCUGAAUAACUGCAUGUCUAUUUAUAUCCUAUUUCACUGUGCAAUACAGUACAUGUCAUGCUGAUAUGACUUUCAGUUUGCUUACAUAUGUCUGGUUUCACAUAAGGAAAUCAUAAGGGGAAAUGAUCUAAAACAAUUACUAUGUGUAUUUACAAUCCCCUUCUCAAACCGGAUUACUCAUUUUCCUAGCUCUUAUCAAUAGAUAUGAUCAAGUUGUAAAUUACAGCGCAUGGAGAAAUGGUGUUAUUUCUAUUGGAA